AUGACUGCCGUCAAAGGGUCACUUUCACACUCAGCCCCACGCCGACGGAGAUCACCAACCUCAGCCUUGUGCUGGGGAAGAAUCUCCAUAGCUACUUUGUUCUGUCUCUGGUCAUCCUCCGUCUUGCCGACCUUCAGUGACGGCUUGGCGCAACCUUGGACCCGCUUCGGUCCUUCGUCUCCCAGUAACAGUCGGAACGUGGCAUUCUGGAAUUCUCUUAAAGGCCGACCUUCUCAACGUUCGUUACACGCUACCAAGGAAGAACCCUCGACGUCCACUUGGAGUCGUAAAGUCACUUCGGUGCGGAGCAACAGUAUUAACAACAAUAACAACAAUGAUGGUUCACGGUUCGGUGUCCGUAAACGAGUCAAGGCCGUUCUCCAAAAGGCCCGCAACCGCACCGGAGUCCGCAACAGUUCCGAUACCGUCAAUGACGAUUUGGUGGUGUCACAGGCAGCCUCACUGGCGGGCUACACAGAUCAGGAUGCCGACUUUGUCUACCAAAAGAAAUCACCGGCAGCCGCCUUGCGCAACGGAACCGAUACCGAACUGGUUCUUGUCCGUACGCCCCUUUCCACCACGACGUCAUCCACACGACGACUGCCCACGUCCAUUUCACCCACUCCCACACCCGCCGACAAUUUUCUCUCCGCCGACACUGGUAUUCCUGAUUCCGACGACAACGACAACAAAACCAUUGAGCCUCUUCCCUUUGCCCUCCCCAAUCUUUCAUCCCAACAGCGGCGGGCACUCGCCAACGGUGAACGGAUACAGGAACAGUCCAAAAUGGGUCGAGAAGGAUCCGGCUACGUUGUUUUGGAUGUGGAAGCACCGCCCUACGUCGUCUGGGAAUGUCUCCUGGACUUUGAAGCCUACCCCGAAAACAUUGGUACCGUCCGUUCCAUGCGCAUAUUUACCAACACGCAUCUCAAAAGCUCCUAUAUUGCCGAAAAACCCUUACUGCCUGGUACGGGCAAGGAAACGCGACACUACGGCAACGCCAGUGUCACCCGCGCUAAUUUCGUACUGAGUAAAUUCCAACUCAACAUUGCCGCCAUACACAAGUACGUGCCACAUCCCGAUGGACACUUUAUGGAAUUCACCCUCGACAAGGCCUGCAAAAAUGUCGUCCUGCAAGACGCCAAGGGCAUUUGGCACACCCAGUCCAAUCCGGACGGUCGCGGGGCACACGUGACGCGCGUUUGGCUGCUCUGUGAAGUAAAGGUAUCUUCCGUGCUGCCGAGCUUUAUCGUAGAGUAUACCGCCAAACGGGCCAUGCCCCGGGCCACGACCUGGUUGCGACCGCUCGUGGAACAAAAGGCGUCGCAGUGGUUGCGUACACCCACGCCCCUUCCUCCUCUCAGCAAUGGUGCAGAAGGCGGCACCCGUGUCGAUGGAGAAAGUUGUUCGGAGCAACCAUAG